AUGAAAUUACAGUUUUGCGAAUUCCACUUGAUAUCGAAUGGUGGAAUUGCGUUUACGCGCGACGAAGCACUACAAAAAAUGGAGUUAGCGUAUAAGAAUGUGGAGCAAACACUGCGGUCCGUAACAAGAGUGGAAGGAAAAGAAGCAAGCAAGACUGCGGAACUACUUGCGAAAACUUCACCAUGGGAUAAUGAUAGCGGUGGUGACGAUGUUGCUAAAAAAUUACGGUCAGUGAAAGAAUUCAGCUGUUUCAAUGCAAGUACGUGGGAUCGCCGGGAACUUAUCGUUCUUCGGAUUCGUUGCAUGGAGCUUCUUCGUAAGUUUUCAACAAUUACUGCCGAUCGGAUCUUUCAAGGUCUCACACGGCAUCCGUUUUUAGCGAUUGAUGCGCAGUGCCCGUUGCGACCAGCCAACCACACCAAUCACUAUCAUAUAAUGUGUUGUUGCAAUGAACGUUCAUUCUGCAAUUUCGACGUAAGUAUUUGA